AUGGCCGCUCCCAGCUCGGGGCAAAGUCCGGAGCAGCAGCAACAGUCGCCGCCUUUGCUUCCCCCGCUUCCCAUGGAUUUGCUACAGGCACACAUUAAAAUUGAAAAGGAAGAUGAUGUUGAGUUUGUAUCUGUGAGUCACAAAGAAGCAGAUGAGGAUGUACCCUUGGCGCCUGUUAGAAAAGCUCAGAAAGGCAGAAAACCCCGUUAUGAUGGUUCUCUGGUUCAGUUGACCAGGAGGUUCAUGGAUCUUGUCAAAACUGCUCCAGAAGGAGUUCUCGACUUAAAUGAGGUGUCACGGAUGCUGGGGGUGCGGAAACGAAGAGUGUAUGAUAUCACAAAUGUGCUGGAUGGAAUACGUCUUAUCCAGAAAAGAUCCAAGAACCUUAUCCAGUGGGUUGGAUCGGAUAUCAAACAGAUUACCAAAAGGACACCUGAGCAUCAGAAGUUAAGAGAUGAACUCUAUGACUUAACUGCAAUGGAGGAAGCAUUAGAUGAACUAAUCAAGGAUUGUGCUCAUCAGUUGUUUGACCUAACAGAUGACAAAGAAAAUGGAAGGCUAGCUUAUGUGACCUAUCAAGAUAUCCGUAGCAUUCAGACGUUUCAAGAACAAAUUGUUAUUGCAAUCAAGGCUCCAGAAGAAACAAACAUGGAGGUACCAGCUCCAAAAGAAGAUUGUAUAGAAGUACGUCUGAGGAGCACAAAAGGACCCAUUGAUGUCUAUUUAUGUGAGGUACCGCUAAGUAAUCCAGAUGGAGAUGCUUUGAAAAACACAGGCAGCCUUUCAUUCAAAACUAAAUAGGCAGCUGCUUUGU